AUGUCCAUCGUUCCCGCCUACGCAUCGUACCAGUACAUGCGCGUGACGUCGCCAGCCGAGUACGUUGCCCACGUCGAAAUCAACAACCCCAAGCGGCUCAAUGCCUUUUCGCAGGCCGUGUGGCUUGAGUACGGGCGCGUGUUUGCGCAGAUUAGCGCCGACCCGGAGUUCCGCGUCGCCCUCCUCAGUGGCGUUGGUGACCGCGCCUUCACGUCGGGGCUCGAUGUCAAGGCGGCGACGGCCGACUCACCGCUGACGACGGCUGAGGGCGACGAGGUCCGCCGGGCCAAGCUCCUGCGCGGUCACAUUGAAGAGUUUCAGACGAGCAUCACAUCCGUGGAAAAGUGCGAGAAGCCCGUCAUUGCGGUUCUCCACGACGUCGCCAUCGGCCUCGCCAUCGACAUUGCCACGUGCGCCGAUAUUCGCAUCUGCACGGCCAAGACUCGCUUCGCCGUCAAAGAGGUGGAUAUUGGCCUGGCAGCCGACAUUGGCACGCUCGCGCGGCUGCCCAAGGUGGUGGGCUCGUUGUCGUGGGUCAAGGACGUGUGCAUGACGGCGCGCGACUUCGGCGCGGCCGAGGCGCUGGCCCAAGGGUUCGUGAGCCAGGUGCACGAGGAUAAGGCGACAGCCAUCGCGGCGGCCGUGAAGCUGGCGUCGCUGCUGGCGUCCAAGAGCCCAGUGGCGGUGCAGGGUACCAAGGAGCUUCUCAACUACGGUAAAGAGCACUCCGUCGCCGACAGCCUGCGGUAUACACAGGUGUGGAACUCGGUGGCGCUGCAGGGCGAGGACUUCGUGACGGCCAUGAUGAGCAGCAUGCAAAAGAAGAAGCCUUCGUUUUCCAAGUUGUAA